UACAUUUUGCAGAUGGUGUUAAGGACUGGAAGGUGCAGAGUUAUUCUACUACAAUAAAUACACAGUUUCCCUGGUCACGCAUCAAAGGUCACCUUAAAAAGAAGGCCACAGUUCGUGUUAUCAAAGUUGGAGAUGAGAGCGUCAGUGAGGGUAGAGCGGGAGUAACUCAUGUAAAUCAACACAGCUUCAACCAGACUUUAGGAGGCCACCCAGAAUUAUCAGCAACUGAGAAAUUAUCAAAGUCAGAAGAAAGUUUUCUCGCAAGAAAUCUAAUUGUACUUAAUGAACAAAUUUCAAAUGAAAAAUUUAAAGAUUUAUUAAAGUCAUGCUUUGAGAGCAGCUGGACUAACUGUCCAAACAUAAGUGAGGAAGUGAGAUGGGACAGAAGCAUGACGCAUACAUAUGAUCCUAGUUUUAUGUUCAGUGAUGUUAGCAACAAUAUGCAAAAAUUGGAACAAAAGCCUAGUGUUAAAAAUUUUGCCGAGGACCUAUUUAAGAGUGAUAUAGCCAUGGAGGAAGAGCUACCUUUAAACUUUGCAAAUAGUGACACAACGUGCUUGUCAUCUCCUCUCUCAGGUUUUUCUCAUGUUGAGACAGCUUCUUUGCCAGAAAUUAGUGACCAUGAACCUCAUAAUGUUGCUCAAAAAUUGGAACCCAAAAAAGUGUCGCAUACGAAUGUGAAAAAUAAAAAAAAUGUGCCUAAAAAAAAUAAGAAAUCUGCAUCAGUACCGCAAAAUACACAGUCUAUGCCAGUUAAAUUAGAAGAAGUGAACGUUGCAGCUUCCAGCACAAAAAAGUCAAAACGAAAAAGAUCCUCUACCAAUCUGUCUGAUAAACAUAUGUAUUUGGAGGAUGAAAUUUUAAAUGUGGAAGAAGACUUGCUGCCAGACCUUGAGGAAAAAAGUGUCGAGGCUCCUUCAACUCUUGCAGGAAAAUCAGUGAAAGAAUACAAGAAAGUGAAGUUGAUGGAGGAAAAGAAUAAACAUUUGAAAGAAAUGAGAAGAAGAGGAAGAGAAGAAAGUUUUAACCAGUCGCUUGCUGCUUAUUUAUGCAUGUGUGUAAACUUAGGAAUGCUUAAUCGAGCAACUCAUACACUCCUCUAUUAUCGUCAGUGUUUCAAACAUUCAGCCGCAAAAUUUUUUAGCCAGAAGAUCACCUCUGUUCAUCCCUACAACAUUGUGCUUUUGGGUCAUGCUGAAAAGCAAAACUUAAAAAAAAUGGAAGAGCUUUUAAAAUGCCUUAAAGAAGACAACAUUUUACCUAAUGAAGCUACAUAUGCAGCGUUGCUGAACUGCCUCGGACGGUUACCAGAAAGUCCAGCAAAUACAAGUGAUAUUAACACAUACCUCUCAGCUGUAAAGGAAGCAGGCAUAGACAUCAACUCUCUCUUCAACAAAGUUAAUUUUGUACGAAAGGGGUACGAGAAUGCUCUUAGAGCUGUUCGUCGGGUCCUACCAUCGUUUGAGCCCCAACCAGAGACAAUUUCUUUUGGUUAUAAUUGCAGUCUUGUUGACUCGCUCAACAAUAGUCUCUACUCUACACAGGUACUAGCUUAAUUUUUUUGCAAUAAU